GCCCGGCGCGUGGGCCCAGUUCCGCUCCUCCCGGCAGAGUCCGCUUGCCGACGCGGGCCCGCGCGGGCAUCCUGGAAGCGGCGGCGGCUGGAGCGACUGCGGACUCUCUCCAGGUUCAGCACUCAUUUGAUGACAGCCCCUGACACCAACUGACUCAGGGGCUAAGAUGGACCUUGUUCUCAGUGCUGCAGAUUACUAUUUUUUUACACCGUACAUAUAUCCAGCCACAUGGCCAGAGGAUGACAUCUUCCGACAAACAAUUAGUCUCCUGAUUGUAACAAAUCUUGGUGCUUAUAUCCUUUAUUUCUUCUGUGCAACAUUGAGCUAUUAUUUUGUCUAUGAUCAUUCAUUAAUGAAGCAUCCACAGUUUUUAAAGAAUCAAGUGUAUCGAGAGAUUAAGUUCACUGUCCAGUCAUUACCCUGGAUAAGUAUCCCCACUGUUUCAUUGUUCCUGCUAGAGUUGAGAGGUUACAGCAAAUUGUAUGACAACAUAGGAGAAUUUCCAAAUGGUUGGUUUCACCUCAUUGUCAGUGUCAUAUCCUUCCUCUUUUUCACCGACAUGCUGAUCUACUGGAUUCACAGAGGCCUUCAUCAUAGACUUGUAUACAAGCGCAUACAUAAACCUCAUCACAUUUGGAAGAUCCCCACUCCAUUUGCAAGUCAUGCUUUUCACCCAGUGGAUGGCUUCCUUCAGAGUCUACCUUACCAUAUAUACCCUUUUAUCUUCCCAUUACACAAAGUGGUGUACUUAGGUUUGUACAUCUUGGUUAAUAUCUGGACCAUUUCCAUUCAUGAUGGUGAUUUCCGUGUCCCCGAGAUCUUAAAGCCAUUUAUUAAUGGUUCAGCUCAUCAUACAGACCACCACUUGUUCUUUGACUAUAACUAUGGACAGUACUUCACACUUUGGGAUAGAAUUGGAGGUUCGUUCAAAAAUCCUUCUUCCUUUGAGGGGAAAGGACCGCUUAGUUAUGUGAAGAAGAUGGCAGAAGAAAAGUGCAACAGCCCUGCAGAAAAUGGUUGUAAAAAUGAAAAAUUAUGCAAUGGAGAGUUUACAAAGACUAAGUAAUUAUUUUGCCCAAUUAUUCUUAAAUAUUUUUAAUGAGGAAAAAUAAUCUAUACACAGCUAAGAUACAUAUAGCAAGUAAUUGGUAUCAUUUGAAAAUCAGCAUUGUGCAUUCUGCCGAGGAAUGGUCAUAAUGGUAGGUCAAAGAAAGAUGCCGUGAGCAUCAAGAUUAGAGUCUCGUGCUUAAAAUGCCAGAUGCUGGCCCAGGGGCAAUUUGUGUCUUUCCAGCCCCCAGAUCUGUAGUUUGUAUAGCCUCAACAACAAUUUUAAAUCAGAUAGAAAGUGCACUACUGUGGGGACUAGGCUAUAUCCUUUUGCCUUAAUCCACCCAUAUUCAUUAAGAAAAAUUCAUUGUGCUUCAUAAUACCAAGACUAAGCACCAUAAUCAAAGAAUACUAAUAUAAAGAUGGUUCCUUGUUCCAGGAAUGGUUACGUCUUCAAUAUUGGUAUGAAAAUGAAUACUCAUAGGACUUUGUUCAAGUGGAAAUGUCAAUGUGAAAAAAAAAAUUCUGAUAUAUUAGCAGCUACAUCGAUAACUUAAUGACAAGUAUAAUAAAAUGAUCAUCUUCCUAUACAUAGGAGCCUCAUUUUCUGGGGACAUUGUCAAAUAGUCCAUUUUACUGAUAAAUAAAAGGAAUUUUUUUAAAAAAUCCAUUCUACCAUGAUUUAAUCCAGAUAUGGGAUUAUUUAGCUAGAGAUAUUGAUGGCUCUCAUUUAAAACCUUAUUUAAUAAGCAUGAAAAUGUGAAUCUGAAUAUAGUUAGGGAAAUUUGAUGCCAAAGUAAUAUAUUUGGCACUAUUGAUAUUUUAAAAUAAAAUUUAUGCACUGCACUUUUGACAUGUUUCAAAGUUACAAAUCCAUCAUUGUUUAUAAAAGGAAAUAAUUGCCAAAUAUUUAGGUCUUCUUCUGAAGAUUUGUUUUGAAAUCUGAUUCUCUUGUUUCUUCACUUUUUCCUAUUGCCUCUGCAAAAAGACUUAAAUACUUUCAUAAAGAAAUGUGUGUGUUGUAACAUAAAUAUAUUGGAAAAACAUGUUUUGUAAAGGCACCCUAUUAGCUAUUUAUCAAUCAAUAAAAGUUGAACGUACUGUUAUUAAACUGUAUCAGUUAAAUAUUGUAAGAGCACAAAAUAUUCUGUGUGGAAAUUUGUGUCAAUUCAAAACCACAGAGAUGAUGUGGAUUGUUAAAGCUGUUUUAGAACAUUUAUAGAUGCUCAGUGUCAGUGGGAGAUAUUUCACAUCUUUAUUAGAUUUGAGUGUUUCAGCAGGAGACCAGUCAUAAAAUUUAAUGCCUGGGAUCCAGAAGAAAAUGUUUUUUAUCGUUACGUUAUUAAAAUGCUGUCUUACUUCACUGUACCAAUUAGCAUUUUAUAACACGUAAAUGCAGCUGAGUCCUUUUCACUAAUUCCCACCCCAACCCCAGUACUGCACUUUGCCCAAGAAAAAGAAGGAAAUUAAGAAGGAAUUUGUUUCCUAAUAAUUAUGACGGCUAACAUGCGUUGAACUUUUCUUCUUUACCAGACAUGGUUAUGAGUAUUUGACAUGAGGAAACUAGGACCCAGAUAAGUGAAGUAGCUUUUCCAGAGUUUAUUUCUUGCUCAUGUUAAGUUCUAUGGCAUGUUUCUGGUCAGGGGGCAGCUUCCUCCAUGACUCUUUGUUUCUCAGUCUGUAGACUGUCUUUACUGAAGAGGCAUAUGGGGGAAAAGAAAAUGUUUUCUCAUGGGAAAUUUCUCUGGCUAAAGCCUAGAAAUGGUGUGUAUCCUUUUUGACCACAUUCUUUGAACAAAACUGUCCUGUGACCACCUCACUGGAAGAGAAGUGGGGAAAUAUUCCCAGCUAUUUUCUGGGAGGAAGGGAAAUCCAGUUUCUUGAACACCUAGCCAGUUUCCCAUAUCCAUGUAGUUCACAACCCUCUUUGUGAGGGAAAUGGAGGAAAUAAAGUUAUCAAAAUGGUGAAUGAGCUCAUGAGUUUCUCUAUGCACUGGCUGUAUUAAUGUCUUUAAUUCCAUACCUCCAAUAUGGGUGUCAAAAUUUCCUCUAGCUUUGUAUUUCUGUGUUGCUAGUAGAGAGGAAAGGACAUCAUUUAUGGCAAGAGGAGGUCUAACUUUUAUGCAUUCUACCACAUUCUCAUAUACUCUAUUAUAGGAAUUGAGAGAAUGUUUUAUCUAAAUUCCUUUCUAUAGGAAUAACAAAGUGAAAGACUUUUCCUUGACUUUAAAACCUUUUAUAGUUAUAGGACAGAAAGAGAAAAUCAAGGUUACAUUUUCUACUUUGAUGGUAGAAACUGAGAAGUGGUUGGAGAUGUGAGAACACAUUUUACAAACUGGAGACAUUUCCUGAGUCUUCACCUUCCUCCCUGUCUCUGUAAGGUCAAAUGCUGUGAAUCUCUUACUUCUUAUCCCCCUCCUCAUAUUUCUUCUUCCUCCCAUCUUAUAGAAUUCAGGGACAGAGUUGGGAAAGAAUCACGAGUUUAGCUUUUGAUUCAUUCAGGCAAGUUAGUUACAGAGAGAUGAAGUCUAGGAGAAAUUCAGAAGAGAAAUUUGGAGUUAACCCAGGUAGAAAAGUUUGAAAUCAUGAGUUUUCCACAGAGAGCAUGAAAAAAGGUAUCUGAAGAAAUGAACCAGCUUGAGGAGUGCUGUGGUCUGCAUAUGUCCCCUAAAAUUCAUACUGAAUCACCAAUGUGAUGCUAUUAAGAGGUAGGGCCCUUAGGAGAUAAAGGUCAUGCCUUCAUGAAUGGGAUUACUGACCUUAUAAAAGAGGUGCGUGGGAACUCUUCAUUCCUUUUGCUCAAAUGACGUGAGGACACAAUAUUUGUCCCGUUGGAGGAUGCAGCAACAAAUCACCAUCAUGGCAGCACCACGUCCUGGCCAGAAGCCAGACCGCAGCACCUUAAUCUUAGACUUCUCAGCCUCUAGAACUGUGAAAUAAACUUCUAUUUAUGAAUGACCUAGUCUAAGUUAUUUUGUUAAAGCAGCAAGAAAUGCCUAAGGGAAGGGGAAAGAACUUUCUUUUCUUAUCCUUCUACCUUCCUUCAACCCAAAACAUUUGACUAGCAGUCUUAUUUCAGCACUUUCUUCUUCUGUCAUCUUUUAUUAUCUUGUGCACCUUAUUCUAGACCACACAUUACUUAAAAGUAGAGACUGUGUCUGAGUCAUCAUUGCAUUAAACCAUUCGUUCUCACACAAUGUCCAAGACUUAGGAAGGGGUCAGUAAAUACUUUGCUGAAUGUACUGAUGAAAUGUGAAAAUGUUCCCUUCAGCACACAUAUAAUGGACCCCACAUAAGUGCCAAACACUGCAGUAAAUGUGAAUAUUUAAUCUGUUCUGAUGCUCUUUUUUUACCCAACAAGUUGUUUCUCAUUUACUCAUUAGCUGAUAUUUGUUGAGUACUGUGAGGGACCCAAAAGGGGAAGAGUAAAGCAGGGUCAGUGAUGGUCCCUACAUCAAAAGAACGCUCCUUUUUUCCCCCUUCAAAAAUCAUAGCCUUCUCCUGGAAGCAGACAGAACCCACCAGUACCCCAGAUUCUGACCACAUAUAAAUCAGUAAUACACAUAUUGAUUAGGGGAUCAAAUGAACCUGUAUACCCAACUCUAGGCACAAUGCUGUAGAUACAAAAGGAUCCUCAAAGAUUCUGUUUGAUUAUAAUAAGAAAGCACAAACCUAGGAGGAGGAUCAAACUUCAUCUCGUAGUUAUUACCAAGAGUUUUAGAUUCCAAUAGCAAAGCAUGAGUCCUGGCCCUGCCACCUGUGGAUUGCAUGACCUUGGUUUCUACACCUAUAGAUGGAUGAAAACACUGUCUACCUAAUGAAAUUAAGUCAGAGACACGCAGGCUAUAAUACGUCUAAAUUGUGCUUACUGGUUUUCCUUUCAAAGUACAGAUUAUUGUCAUAUCUCAGAUAGGCUCUCAAUAUAAAUUGCAGGGAAAAAAAUGCCUAGAUAUGUUCACCUUAACAUUGGAGGGUGAAAGACAUUGAAGGAAAGCAGAGAAGAGGCCUCAGAAAAUCUCAUAAGGGGCUCCAGUGGUAGUAUGCUCCCCUAGCAUGCGUGAGGCCCUGAGUACAAUCCUCAGCACCACAUAAACAUAAAAUAAAGGUAUUAUGUCCACCUACAACUAAAAAAAUUUUUAAAAAUCAUAUAAAUAAAGUUAAAAUUUACUGUAAAUUGACUUUGUAAGAGUGAAAUAUCUAGAUUAUUUGUUGCUAUGUAAUUUCACUUUUAAAACAUUACUUCAAACCAUAAUGCUAAUAUAGAAGCUAUGGAGAUAAAACAGAAGCAACGUAACCUCCCUGAAAAGUAGAAAACAUUUCUUAAGAAAGGCAGGAAGGAAGCGUAUGAACCGCAGUCAGCUUUACUGUCGAGGCAGUAUGGAAAGAAAAAUACUUAGAAGUACUUGUUUUAAUAACUAUUUGUUUUGUUAAAAUACAUGCAAAAUUUGUUUUUUUCUGGGGCUGGAAUAAGCUCAGUGGUAGAGUGCUUACCUAUACGUGAGGCCCUGGGUUUGAUUCUGAGUAAAACCAAAAAAUAUGUAUUUUUCCCCACUUAAAUCUCUUUAGGUUAACUUGAAGACCUUACUAAAUUGUAAGUAAGGUAAAAAAAUAAGAAAUGGCUUUCUCAUUUUAUGAUUAACUUAUCAUUUGAUCAUCAAAUUCUAAACAUUUAAUACCAUUUAUGUAUUAGUUAUAUUUUCUUAAACAUUUGUUAAGAGAUUUAAUAUUUUGAUUCAGUACCCCCAAAGACAGACUUGGGUACUUGACAUAUUUUUCUAAGCACCUUGAUAUCUUUUGAUUACUAAACCAUACUUAAUCACAAAAUAGCAUAAUGGUAUCAGAAGUUAGUCACUUGACUGCAAAGUAUUCAUACCACAGGCUCUUAUUCGCUUCUCUCAUUUGUUAUGUUUUCCUCCAUUUUAAAGUGAUAAUUUUAUUCAGCUAUAUAUUUAGAUGAAAACUUGGCCUCCUGACAUGUACUACCACACAAAAACCAGAAACCUAGAAAUGGUGCACAUUCAAAUAUUAAGACAACAACUGUACUGAUUUUUGUCUGAUCUUCCUCAAGAUUGUUUUUCUUUUUGGUCAACUUAAUGGAGGUUUAAUUCCCAUACAAUAAAAUUUACUCAUUUUAACAGUACCAUUCAACCAGCUUGAACAAAUUCAUACACCAAUGUCAACUCCAAUCAAGAUCCAGAAGAUUUUCUUCAUCAGAAAAAGUUUCAUUUCCCUCUACUGGCAAUCUCACCCCAACCCGAGGUAGCCACCGAUCUGCUUUCUGUCACUGAAAGUUAAUUUUUCCUGUUUUAGAAUUUCUUUCAAAUUUAAUCACUUAAAUUGAUUAAAACGGUGUAUACUCUUGUAUUUAGCCUCUUUAGCGUUAAAUGCUUUGAGAAUCAUGCUAUUGCACAUAUCUAUAGUUUGUGCCUUUUUGUUACUGAAAAGUAUUCCAUUGUAGUAUACUACUAUUUAUUAAUCUGUUUAUUGAUGGAUGUUUGUUAUUUCCAGUCUGGAGUUAUGAAUAAAGCUGCUAUAAGCAUUUGUGUGCAAGUCAU